CGGUCAGAAGUUUUACGAGUGGUCUAGCUGUGAUGGGAGCCAGAAGAGGCGUGGAACACACAACCCACCGGCACUCGUGACUCGGCUAGUCUGUUCAUGGUUUGGUGCUUCUUCAUACCUUGACCGCUAUAUAGCUUCAGGUUCGUCAUCGGAGGCUUGAUACCGAGUCCUGCAAUCGUGCUUUCACGUUGCUUGACAAGGCACAAACGCUUUCAGGCACGAUUGCACUUUGCAACGUCGUCAGACGAGCUGCUCCACACCAUGACGGCGGCGUCUCCCUGCUUGACGUUUACGAGAAGGGUAGCAGCAGCGUUCAUCAAGACCCAGGGGCACGAUGCGAAUUGUUUUCCGGCAAUGAAGAUUCUGUCGGCCAUACCUGGCACAGUCAGAGCCUCGGUCACGAUCAGGUCAGAGAAUCUCAAUCGGCUUGGAAGCUUGCACGGUGGGGCCAUUUGCUCUUUGACCGAUACGAUGGGCAGCCUAGCGCUGGCAACCAAAGGCUUGUACAGCACCGGCGUUUCCACUGAUAUCAACACCACUUUCGUCAAAGCAGGCGGAGGCGCCGGAGAUGAGGUGCACGCCAUCGGCACAGUAGUAAGCUUAGGGAAGACGCUUGCGACAACACGUUUCGAGCUGCGGCAUCCAGUUUCUGACGCUGUGCUGGCGUACGGCUCGCACACCAAGUUCGUUGGUAAAGCUUUGGGCCAUGCAGAGAAUGUUGAUUUCGACGAGACCGGAAAUCAUGUUCUCAAAGGCAGACCUCCUUCGGAAUGGCCGGCACACUAGAUUGGACCAUCUGCGCCGCAACUCAUUCCGAGGAAGUAGCCUUGAAGUCAUUGAGCUCAUCUCAGCAUCCGGCGCACAUCCUCCAAAGCUCCGUUUCUGUACCCUUGAAUGCUUGUAGUGUAUGCGCACAAGGACGCAUUGGAGCGAAUAGAAUUCGUGCCUCCU